AUGUCUACUCCAGACCGUCAAGAGCUCCUGCGAAAUGCUGUCGCUUUCUUGUCUGACCCUAAAUCUCAAGCUUCACCGCUGGCUCAACGGAUUCAAUUUUUGGAAUCAAAGGGCCUAAAUUCACAGGAAAUCGACAUUGCCUUGCGCCAGUCAUCUAAUGCAUCACCGCCCGUUUCUUAUCCAGCACCUUAUGCCGUAUCACCCUUUCCGACUGCUCCUUCAAUGCAAUGGGACUGGCGAGACUAUUUCAUAACCGCGGUCGUGUCAGGAACAAUAACCUAUGGUGCAGUUACACUGUUUAAGAAAUACCUCUUACCGCAUCUGCAACCACCUAGCACGACGGCGUACGAACAAGAUCGUGAUGCUCUAAAUGCCCAGUUUGAUGCUGCCGAGGCCUUGCUCAAAGAAAUACAAGCGGAAACGGCGCUUGUCAGGGCUGCCGUCGAGGAACAGAAGGAGAAAGUUGACAAAACAACCAAGGAUAUCGAACUCGUUGUUACGGAGAUGAGGGGUAGCGAGCUCAAGACACGGGACGAGAUGCGUGAGAUUAGGGAUGAGGUUAACACGAUACGCGAGAUGCUUCCAAAGAUGAUCGACAGGAACAAGGAGUCACAGGCUCAAUCUUUGGCAGAGCUUCAGCAGGAAUUGAAGUCCUUGAAGGCUCUGUUGUUGAGCCGAGGUCCUGGUAUCUCCAGCUCUCCGUCGUCUCCAUUGCCCACGCCUGGACGACCGACAAUACCAGCCUGGCAGCUGGCGUCUGCACCUUCGCCAAUGGGUUCUGCUGAGUCGUCUACGCCAUCCCUCGACAGCGACGCAUCUGGCGGCCCACGCGAACCGCAUUCCCGGUCAGGCUCACUCGACUUGGCGGGGCGCUCGACUUCUCCCUUGUCAUCCAGUCAAUUAGCAGAGUCGGCUCUAUCCAGUCUUCGUACUUCCCCAAGGAUCCCAACUUCCGGUGUCGCUCGGGACCAUACCCAAAAAUCCAGCCUUGAAGAGCGGUUACGCGCGUCUUUUACCAUUGGGGACGUUUCUAAUGGCCCUACUCCAGACGUCUCUGCUAGAGCAUCACCAGCUCCUCGAGCGCCUGCCAUUGAGCAUCCACUGUCUCCAUCCUCAACUCCUCUACCAGAUUCCCCGUCAUUACCACCCGUACUGGAGGAAAUCCUGUCGAAACCUCCAGAGUCACCAGAUGUCCCUUCCCAGCCUCUUAUGUCACCUUUAACUCUAACAGAGAGUGAACCACCCAAACCUGAGAGUCCUACCAAAGAGGAUAGUGAUACUAUGACGGAGGAACAAAUACCAGAGGAGCCUAUACCACAAGAUCCUUUGCCAACUGAACCUGCUGCUAAAUCCAUACCCGAUCCCGUUGCAGAAAAUUCUAUUACCGAAAAGCCCAUUGCAGAAGAGUCUAUCGUAGGAGGGCCCAUUGUGGAGGAACCUUUUGCUUCCGGUGAAGACGUUGAUGUUGAGGCCCUUCAAGAGAGGCUGAAGUUGGUUGAACAGCGCUUUGCAGAUGUUUCGACGUCAUUCAAAAGGCUUCAAGCGGAAAAACUGGCUGCGGACGCUGUUCUCCGGGAAUUGACUCCAUUGGAAACACUCAAGGAGAGUGAUGCUUUGCGAGACUACUUACAGAACAUGUCAGCGAAAGCAAAGAUGUCUCAAGAGGAAAUUAUGCGUCUUGACGCGAAGCUUGAGACGCAAGGCGAGCGGAUUGAGGAAAUGAGAGAUACUCACCGCCUAGAAUCUAAAUCUCAAUCGGAACUUAUCGACAGUCUUCGCUCGCAGCUGAAUGAAUCCGAAGCGUUAUUGAAAGCCUCUCAAAGUUCGCUAUCUCAAAGCGACGACGAUAAAUCAAAACGAAAAGCGGAAUUAGAACAGAUGCAGGCAGAGAUUGCCAAGAUCAAGGAGGUGGCAAAGGACGAGGAGGAGAAGCGCACGAAGGCCAUCAGUUUGCUCAAGACCGUUCGUCAAAAGCUGGUCAAAUCCGAGAAAGAGAAGGAAGAAGCACUGAAGCAGGCUUCUGCUCUUCGGGAACAGGAGAAGGAGUAUAAGGAGAAGGACGCAGCAGAGAGAGCUCGUCUACGGCAAGACGUUGACGCUGCCAAUGCAGAGCGAGAAAAGGCAGUUACGGGAUUGAAACUUCAAUUUGACAAGGAGAUCGCCGCUCUCAAGGACCGAUAUGAGAAAGAAUUGGCUACACAGAAGGGGCAAUUCGAGUUAGAUGCAGUUACUACGAAAAGCUCUCACACCAAGGAAAUAUCGUUGAAGAGUUCUCAGGUCACCCAACUGCAAUCUUCUCUUGAAUCUCUAACAGAGGACAAAAAUACACUUUUCGAUGAGCUGCAGUUGCGGCAAGCAGAACUCGAAUCUUCGCAAUCUCUGCUCGAGUCGAUUCAAGGUCAGAACACUGAACUUCAGUAUCAGCUGCGAGAACUGGAGGACCGGGUCUCUUUCCUCAAUGAAGAAUUACUCGAUGCACAUCAGGGACAAGAGAACCUCCCACGCGAAUCUGGGGUUUCUUCUGAAGAGGUAGCCCGACUACUGGCGGCCACUGAGGCCAAAUACGAAGCCAAAGUCAUGGAAUUGCAGCGUGGUAUUGCUAUCAUAGAGAAUGAGCGAAACGACACCGAAGCCGAGUGGAGUCGCAAGCUUCGUGAAAAAGUGAAGGAAGCGGAGGAACUGAAGCGUGCGUUGGGAACGACUGUGAAAUCCAAGGAGCAGGAUGAAGGUGCUGUAAAUCAGCUCCAUCGAGAGAUUUCUGAGCUCCGCAAGGAGCUUGAUACGCAACGAAGGCAGGUUGAUGAGUUGCGUUCGCAGCUGAAUCAGGCCCAGGUUACCGAAAGCGAUGCCAGAUCCCACCAAUCAGAAUAUACCGCAAGAAUAACUGUGUUGGAACAAAGUAUAGAGGAUGGUAAAUCUCGAGAAGCUCAGCUUCGAGUGAGCAACAAGACGUUACGCGAAGAGCUGAGGAAGGUGCAGUCGUCAGCUGCUCUAUUAGAGCGGCAACGCAACCCCGGCGUCGGCUACUGGACAACAAGAGGUGAGAGCGUCCAAUCGGAUGCCCGAUCCCCUCCCCCGUCCCAAUCCCCUUCGCCUACCAAUUCACCCCGACCCGACUCGGCUAUGUCUGAUAAAAAUGACGAGGAGGUCAACCUGGAGUAUCUUCGUAAUGUUGUUUUGCAGUUCCUUGAGCACAAGGAAAUGAGACCUAAUCUGGUCAAGGUCCUCUCCAUCAUCUUGAGGUUUACACCGCAAGAAACACGCAGGCUAAUGGCCAAGGUCUAA